GCUAAGUCUUAUUUUGCAGAAGGUGAAUUGGAACAAGCUUUUAUACUCUACAACAAGUUUGCUACUCUAUUCAUUGAGAAACUCCCAAAGCAUCAUGAGUACUCCAGAGCUCCAGCAACAGAGAAGCAAAGAGUAAAGAAACUAGUGAAAUCUUCCUUUGAUCAGGCACUCCUCUGUAAGGAGAGACUAAAGGAGAAGUAUACACAAGAGAAGGAGCUGUUCAUACAGAGAAGAGAGAGUGAAAGAGCUAUAGAAGAGAGGAAGGCAACAGAAGAGAGAGAGAAGAGAGAGGAAAGAGAGAGAAUGAUAAGAGAACAAGAGGAGAAGAAAAGAAGAGAAGAACUAGAAGAGAGAGCAAGACUGGAAGCAUAUCUAGCAGAAACUCCUACUCAAGAGAAAAAGCUUCCCUUAACCACACCUACCACUCCCUCCAAGCCAGACCCACAAUUGUCAGAGCCACGCCCACAAGCAACCGAAGCCCCACCCACCAUCCAAAUAGAAGGAGAAGAAGGCGGAGUCAAUGAUGAUGAUGAUGAUGAAGGGUGUGUCUCUUAUGAUGAUAUGCUACUAUUGUCCAAUAACCAACCUUAUUAUUAUGAUGAUGAUGAAGAGGAAAUGGAAACAGGAGGAGGGGGAAUACCCACGUCUACUGAAGGGGGAAAACCCACGUCUACUGGAGGGGGAGUACCCACGUUUAUAGGAGGGGGAAAACCCACGUCUACUGGAGGGUGGGUUCCUGUUGAUGGAGGGAUGAGAGGGGAUGUACCCACGUCUACCGGUAAAGAGGAGUCAGAUCAUGUUAGUUUGACUGCUACUGAUGCUAAACUUAGUAAAGUACUUCCUUCAAUUGUACCUCAGGUCAUAGAACGAAGCCGAUCAGAGCAAACACAAAACUGUCAAGCCCCACCCCCAACUAAUUAUCAAGCUCCGCCUCCUACUAAUUAUCAAGCUCCUCCCUACCAGACUCCACCUACUGGGUAUCAAGCUCCGCCCACUAAUUAUCAAGGUGCAUAUCAGGUCCCACCCCCUAAUCAAGUACCCUAUCAAUCUAAGAACACACUCAAGAUAACGCACAUCAUAGUCCCUAAGCAAAUGGGUAAGGCUGACUCAUGUGAGACUAUGAAAGAGGAGGAACUCUUUGAUGCUCUUGACAAACACGACCUCAUUACUGUAGGAUGGAUACAUACUCAUCCUUCUCAGACUGCCUUCAUGUCAAGUGUUGAUCUUCACACUCAUUAUUCUUAUCAGAUUAUGCUACAAGAGGCCAUUGCUAUAGUUGUUGCACCCAAAUAUGACAAGGUUGGUAAUUUCACUCUCACUCAACCCCACGGUCUCAAUUAUAUCGGUAGAUGUUCCGGUAAAGGGUUUCACACGCACCCAAAAGAACCUCCCUUGUAUGAGGUAAGAAGUUUACUGAGUAGUAUACUGAGUACGGACAUAGUAUACUGAGUACGGACAUAGUAUACUGAGUAUGCUAGCACACUAAUAAUGGAACUUUUUAGUACUCUUAAUACAUGUACACUAAUAAUUU